AGGAGGGAGCGCCGGGGCUCCACUUUCCCUGGGAGUGGAGAAGAGGAGGAGCGCGAACUGCGCAGGCGUCUCUCGCACCUUGUUGAUUAGUCAGUCCCCUGUGCUGGGAUGGCGUUUACUGGGUCAACUGGAGCUAUCCGCGAAAGAGUCAGCGGGAGCGACAGCAGCCGCCUUUGCAACCCACGCCGCGGCUGGCGGAGCAGCAGCGGUCGGUGGCAAGUCACCUUGCCGUUGCGCCAAGUCCAGGAUGGCCCGGGAAGGCGACGGCGGCAACACUAGAGGCUGAAGGAAGAGUGCAGCUUCCCCAUCCCCCCGCCAAAGACUUCGCAGCCCCUCGACUCUUCCGAACCGAAAGAAGGGCGGGAAGAUGGAUGCGGCCCCUUUGCCGGGCUUCGGUCUGAAGGAUGUGAAAUGGAGCUCCGUGUCCAUCCCUUUGGACCUUCUGGUUAGCACUUACCGCUUGCCCCAGGUCGUCAAACUGGACGGCGGAGAACCUAUAGAUGGUCUUCGAGAGAGUGAUUACCUAUUGAUUCAUUCAUGCCGACAGUGGACGACUAUUACAGCUCAUAGUCUAGAGGAGGGCCAUUACGUCAUAGGGCCGAAGAUAGAAAUUCCAGUGCAUUAUGCCGGGCAGUUUAAGCUGCUGGAACAAGACCGUGAUAUUAAGGAGCCAGUGCAGUAUUUUAACAGUGUGGAGGAGGUGGCUAAAGCAUUUCCUGAACGAGUUUACGUCAUGGAGGAAAUAACAUUCAACGUUAAGGUGGCUUCAGGUGAAUGCAAUGAAGACACAGAAGUUUAUAAUAUUACCCUUUGCACAGGAGAUGAGCUCACAUUAAUGGGACAAGCAGAAAUCCUAUAUGCAAAAUCUUCAAAGGAAAAAUCACGGCUCAAUACCAUCUUCAAGAAAAUUGGAAAACUCAAUUCCAUUAGCAAAUUGGGCAAAGGCAAAAUGCCUUGCUUGAUUUGCAUGAACCAUCGGACCAAUGAGAGUAUUAGCCUGCCUUUCCAGUGUAAAGGGAGAUUUAGCACACGUAGUCCCUUAGAGCUGCAAAUGCAAGAAGGGGAGCAUACUAUUCGAAACAUUGUGGAAAAGACACGGCUCCCAGUAAAUGUGAAUGUGCCAAGCCCUCCCCCACGGAAUCCUUAUGACUUGCAUUUUGUCCGUGAAGGACACCGUUACAAGUUUGUUAAUAUUCAAACCAAGACAGUUGUGGUUUGCUGCGCACUACAUAGUAAUAAAAUUAUUCCAAUGCACUUUCCUUUGCAUUUAGCUCUUCCAAAGUUUACCCUUCCAGAAAGUCUUCUGAAAGGAGAAGCAUGGCAUGAAGCCUUUGUGAAGCACUGGUUCAGCCUCUGCCAAGAGCAGUUCGAUAUUGAUGAAUAUUCUCGUGCUGUGAGAGAUGUAAAAGCUGACUGGAAUGAAGACUGCAAAAGCCCACAAAAAAGUCGACCCACCAGCCACAACCACGUGCCAAACUCUCUCAGUUAUGCUCGGGAUGAGUUGACCCAGUCUUUCCACCGUCUCUCUGUAUGUGUCUAUGGAAACAACCUCCAUGGAAAUAGUGAGGUGAAUCUUCACGAUUGCAGAGACUUGUGUAAUGAGUGGGCUUUAUCUUCUCAUGAUGCUUUGCAAGAUUCUAGGGAUGGGACCUGUAACUACCUUUUUCCUGAAAUUAGUGAAGAAACAGUUUGUUUACCUCCUAAACUGGAACUUCCAUAUGAAGAACUAUGGUUGGACAAAGGGGGUGGGAAAGUGAAUGAUCAGCCUCUUACUCGCUCACAGAGCGAAAAGAACAAAUGUGACAACUAUAGGAGUUCUUUCCGGUCCAAGGGUGGUACAGCUUCUCUGCCAGCACCUGGAUCUUUAGUAGCAACAGCAAAAUCCUCAGAUGCUUCCCUACCUCCACCACCUGUGCCUCCUAAAUCAGAAGCGGUCAGAGAGGAAUGUAGACUCCUGAAUGCUCCUCCUGUCCCACCACGCAAUUCAAAGCCAACAUCUACUAGCCCUUCUAUUCCGCCACGGAUGAGCAAACCUGCGCGGCAGCAAACUCGUUCUCCUAGUCCAACACUUUCAUACUAUUCAUCAGGACUGCACAAUAUCAGUGCCACAGAAGAUGAUGCUGAAAACUCUUCUGAGAUUAUUCCCGUUACUUGUUAUCCAUGUGGUAUUGUGAAAAGUGACCUGCAAGAGCUUGGCAACAAAUUGCCUUUGGGAAGCCCUUCUGCUGACGCUUUGUUCUCUAGACUCUCAUGGCCAAAUCAUUUUUCUGGAGCUGCUGAAGGCCUUUCUAGGAGUGAGUUUCUGUUGGAUCCAAGCAGAAGUUACAGCUAUCCAAGGCAGAAGACUCCCAACACACCAAAGAGAAGCUGUCCAGCACCUUUUACAUUCGAUUUUGACAGAAAUGAAGUCUCUGCAGGAGAUGUACCACCAGCUACAAUUGAGGCAGAAUGCACCAUGCCCAGUUGCCCAAAGUCAGCAAGUUACUCACUUGAACAUACCGAUGAAAAAAGUUUAGCAGUAAGUGGCACAUUGCAGUCACUUUCUUGUCCUGCCUUACCCCCUCGUGCACCAAAGAUGGUGGAGGAGAAGCCAGGGGUUGACUUGUGUCCCGAGUCUCUCAGAAUAGAUGGUGCUGAGGAAGAUCCUCACAGAAGCUCUCCAGACCUUUCUGAAGACCAGUAUCUGGGUAAAAAAAGCAUGCAAGACCUCUUCUCGGUUUCUUAUUCUUUCUCAUCACCCCUUCAUCUUCAGCUAGCACCGAGAUCUUGUGGCGACGGUUCACCAUGGCAGCCACCUAUAGAUCUGUCUGGGCUUUCCAUUGAGGAAGUAUCAAAGUCCCUACGAUUUAUAGGCUUGUCGGAGGAUGUCAUAACACUUUUUGUUACUGAAAAAAUUGAUGGCAACUUGCUUGUCCAGCUCAAUGAAGAGAUCCUUUCUGAGGACUUUAAACUCAGCAAACUACAAGUUAAAAAAAUAUUGCAAUUUAUUAAUGGCUGGAGACCUAAAAUGUAGUGCUGACCAGUUCAACAAAAUGUAGAAGUAUGCUAGAAGCCCUGAAACUAACAAUCUACCAUUUUUAAUUUUUUAUUGCACUAAGUCCUUCCUUCCUUCCUUCCUUCCUUCCUUCCUUCUUUCCUUCCUUCCUUCCUUCCUUCCUUCCUUCCUUCCUUCCUUCCUUCCUUCUGUAAAUAGUAGGAGAAAAACAGUUAUUACUAUGCAGAUUAUUUUGGGCGUUAAGCAAACACUUUUGUACAUAAUAGAAGAAUAAAGGUGUGCCUUUUGCAUCCCUGAACAUUCAACAGCUGCUAAAUAGUGGACAUUAAAGGGAAUUAAUUUGUUCUCAUGUAGUGUAGUGAGACAUAUUUAUUACUAUGGGUUAGCAAAACUGGUGCACAAAUCAGUUUAUUAUAUUAUUAUUAUUAUUAUUGUAUUUCCCUGUAAUCUUUUUUUCUUCUUGAGUUCUUAUUUUUAUUCUAAUAAUAAUAGUCAUUGCCUUCUGUUUUUAUUUGUUUAACAGAAAGUGUCAAAUAUGCCACCUUUGCACCUUGUUCUUACUGUAGAUUCAUUUUUUAUAAAAUUCCCAGAUUAUAAUAAAUAAUGGAUCCAUAUUUCAAUGCAAAAAAAAAUAAAAUCAAAUCACCACAGUCUGGGCAGAUAGGUUCUUCUACCUGGCAGGAUUGGUUUUUUUUUUAUAUAGCAUACCAUUAAUAAAAAUAAAGAAGUAAAGGUUUUUGAUGUCUAGUAGGGGCAUGAGAUUAAGACUAUACUAUUUUAAUAAUUUGAAAAGUAAUAACUCGGUGUCAACCAAGAGCAGCAAAUAAUUGCAUUUAAAAGUUUUUGUAACCACUUUGCAAACUAUUGAAAUGUUUACAUGUAUUCUGAGCAAAUAUUGAUGCCCUAGUUUAAUUUGGAAUAAUUGAUAAAGAUCAUUAUCUCCAUUGUUUAUGUAUAAAGUACAUUUAAAAUUAGAGUGGAUGUUAGAGUGAAUUUCAAUUUCAAUUGUAACUUCAGUUAAAGAAGUGAGAAACUGGUAGAGUGAGUCAAUGAUUUCUUUUUGCUGAUUCAUUUUCUUCUUUUUUCCUUAAUAUUCUUAAAAAUGCAUACAGUUAAGGAAGAAAAAAACCUGACCUGUUAAUCUAAUUUAAAAGAAUCCACAUUCCAAAAACUACAUCAAAAUGAAACAACAAUUUUCUUAAAGCAAUUUUUUUUGCUUAGGAGAAUAAUCUAAUCAAAUCAAAAUGAAACAGAAUAAUUUUCUUAAAGCAAUUUUUUUUGCUUAGGAGAAUAAUAAAUGUUUUAUUAAAUGAUGUAUGUAUAUUAUAAAUUUCUUGUAUAUCUGACAUGCAUUUGUUUAAGUGGCAGUGGGGGUUAAUCUGUUUACCCCUUAGUCAAUUUUGACUGUAAGAGACUUUAAAAUGGACAAACCUCAAGCUUUUGGGAUUUAUUUUAGAGAAAUCCUGAGAUCCAGCAUUGCUAGAGGAUUUAUACUAAAUAUAUUACAAUAUUGUGCUUCUGAGCACAUGUUUAGUCCACAUUUUUUUUUCCUCUCCAAGUAUUCUCUCUCAGGAACCUGUUAUGGUAGAGGGCAGAGGAAGUUAUUAAGCAAUUGGAAACCAGAAACCCUUAUCAAUCAAUGGCAAUUUAACCAAAGAUCUACCAGUAUAUCUCAAUCUACUUUCUGCUCACCUCUAUUCAGCAAAAACACUAAUAUCUCUAUAAGAGAAAAAUGGGUCUAAUGUACCACCACUCGUUUCUUUGCACAUUUAAAUACUAAACAGCAAGAAUAAAUGAUUCCAUGUAUGUACUUUAAGCAAAAAGAAUUGUAUCCUUCUCCUGUAUGGCCUUGUUGCAAUAUUUCUGAAUGUGGCAUUUGCAUUUUUCACCUGUUACCCUUGGUAUCAGGAAACUAUAAGGCUUGUUGGAAACCUGAUGGAAGACUGCGUGCCGUAUAUGAGAGGAAGAAGCUAUGUUGGCCAUUAGAAGAAAAUUGUGACCUCUGAUAUAUAUUCUCUCACACACACAAACACACACACCAAACUUGGCAAACUCAAACAGUUCUAAUUUAGCAAACUGUGUAAAGAAAGUGCUUUGAAAGUGAAUGCUUUUAAAAUUAAUAGAUGUUGGAGCCCAUUUGCACAGAACUUUCUGGAAUGAGCAGUCCAGCAAUGCCAUUUGAUAGAUUUUCAGAAAGUUCUGAGUAAUUUGGCCAUAUGCAGACAAUCCUAGAAAUUUUUAUGAUACAAUGUCUAUCAGAAGUCAUGCUUUAGCCCCAAAAGUGCUAUGUACAUGCAAGAAACGAAUGGUUUGAAGCUCUUAUACUAUUGAUUGUAUUACAUAAAAGGAUUAUGCCAAGAUAAGAGCUUCUAGGAUGGGUAGUAGGAAAUGUCUAACCAGGGGUCUUACACUAGUAUAGGGGUGUCAAACUUCAUUUCAUUGAGGGUCGCAUCAGGGUUGUGUUUGACCCUGGGCCAGGUUGGGCUUGGCCAGCUCGUUGUCACUCAUGUCGGGGGUGCCUGUGGCGGCCCAAGUGUUCUGCCAGCGAAAACAGGCUCCUGAGCUCCUUUCUUGGCUGCUAUAGCCUCCUGUAACUCUCUGACAGUGAAAACGGAGCUGUUGAGGGCCGCAUGCAGCCCUCCUGAGCUCCACUUUCACUGGUGAUGCACCGCGAGUUGGUCCUUCACUGUUUCCAGGGCAUCCCCAUGGGCCACAUCUGGCCCGCAGGCCUUGAGUUUAACACCCUUGCACUAGUACCAUUAACUCAGAUUGGGCUCUCGUGGUAGUAGGACCUGUAAAGGCCUGUGAUGAGAAGAAACAUGGUGAAAAUGAAGGAAAUCCAGAACAAUGAGUACUGCAAAUUUCUAGAUCAAGGUUAGAGGCAGGAGGGAAUGAAGACAUAUAGACUGCUGCAGUAGGGAGAGACCACCAGGAACUAACUUAAUAACUGCAGUAUCCAGGCACAGGAACCGUUAAAUGCUAAAUGUCACCUAAGUGAAGGUGACAUGCUCUCACAGUUGCUGCUAUAAAUGGCAGAAGAGAAAGCAUAUUAUCUAGCAUAAUCUAACCAGUGGUGGUAUUCAGCCAGUUCGGACUGAUUCAGGCGAACUGGUAGUGGUGACCAUGACUAUGCCGACCGGUAAUAUUAUGUGAAACCCACCUCUGAUCCUAACAUUCCUGACCACCAGUAUUGGAACUAGCUCAAGAGUAGGAAAAAUUUAAGGGAGAAACUAUAUAACCCAGUUUGAAAUAGCAGGCUCUUCAUUUUUAUCAAUUCCUACCCUGGUGCAUUGCUCUUCCUUGCUCCUUUAUCUUCCCCUCCAGAGGCUGAAAUUGAGGUUUUAAUUUUAACUGUCCACUUCCCUGAUAUAUUUAAUAAUACUAGUCAUUGGAAGAUUAAAUAUAGUAUUCAUAUGUAUGGGGACUCUAUGGUGCUAAUUUUUGAAACCCUGUCCAUUUAUAGAAAGACUCUAGUAACUUCUAACUGGGUAGUAUGUCCAGAAGUUUGAUGUCUGGAACAAUGUGAGACCAUGCACUUGAACAGGUUACCAUAACUCUCUUAUGCUGCUAUGCAAAUACUUUGGAGAAAGAAAAAUAUUCUUGUUGAUUUCCUCAUAGAGUGAAUCAUUCUGGAUAUAUUUAGACACCAUCCAAUAUCUGCUUUCCUGUGCUUAUUGGAAAAAUGACUGUGAUGAAAGCGAUUAGCUGAAAGCACAACAUGAAGAGUUUGCUUUAGACAGAGCUUUGAAUAUACUUCUUGCUAUUGAAUCCUAGUGCAGAGAAUUCAGCAGAAGGAACACUUUAUAACAGUCCCUUAGACCUGAGUAUGCAGUGUUAUGCCACAGGACUUCAAGUGGAUUUCCUUAUAGGAGAAUGGAACCAGGGGAACUAAUGCCAGCUAUGUGUCUGCGUUGUCACUGAUAAUCAAAUGCCUAUAUUACAAUGCAUUGUGUUGCAGAGUUUAACGAAAUCCCUCAGGGUUGUCCAUCCAAGCAGUGGCCCUUCAAUUUAUUCUAGAAAUGCAUUCUAUCUUCCAAGACAGAUUUUCGGGAUGCAUCAAAGAGAAAACUAAAAUGCAGAACUCAGGAAUCCACAUGACCAUUGUAUAAUAGCAAAGAGAUAUAGAAAUUUCCAACAUGUUGCUGUCAUAUUUUGGUGGUCGGAGGCUUCAAGUCAGUGUUGACCCCUGGCAACUAACUGGACAAUUCCCUGCAGUUUUCUUGGGAAGAUUUUCAGAAAUAGUCUGCCAUUGCCUUCUUUUUGUAGGACUGGGAGAACAUGACUAGCCCAAAGUCACCCAGCUGGCUAAGGCAGGACUAGAAUUUGUGGGUUCCCAGUAGCCUGAUGCCUUAACUACUAUGUUAAACUGGUUCUUAUACUGCCACUUAGUCGUUGCCUAACUUCUUGCAGCUCAGAUCUAAAUCGGUUCCUAUGAAAGAUAACUUUGUUUCAUGAGAUGAAAUCCAUUAGUGCGAAGCCGGAUGUACAAUCUUAAUAAUAUUUUCCAGGAAAUAAACUUGAGUUAUAAAAUAUUAUGGACUUUGAGAAAAUAAUCACAGUGAAUGUGGGAGAUAUUAAGUAUGCAUAUACUGUAAUACAGAGAAAAUGUCACUGCAAGCAAUAAAAACAAAAAACCCCUCUCAAUCUAAUAGCUUUCUCCAAUUUGGAGAAUGUAUCAUAUUCCAUACGCUUUGAAAUUGGUCACAAUGACUAGAAAUUUUGAAAUCUGGGGUGUUACAAUAUCUGGAGGAUCCCUGGUAAAAAAGAAUGGCUUAAAGAAUGCCCAAUGUACAGUAUACUUUUUACAUCUGUCACAAUGCAAGUGACUCAGUAGAAUUAGAAAGGGUGAAUCAAUUCAAUAGCUAAAGUUAUCCUGAAAUAAAAUAACAAUAUGUGAUCUUAUAGAUUCCUAUGUUACUGGUCUCACUCCUCAAAACUCCAGUAUUAUAAAAACCUUACUAUCCCUUUCUCCCAAUUCCCCCGUAUAGUAUUUCAGACAAUUUGUUUAAGGCAUAGUGGAGAAUAGUGAUGCAUUCAUUCCUGAAGGGGCAUGGAUUCCUCUCCCAUGGGAUGCAUGAUACCUGUUUGAAGACUGAAUAGGUCUUUGAGUAUGGAAGUUUGAUUAAAAGAUAGCUUAGCAUUACCCAUCCCGGACCAUAAAAAUCUUGGGUCUUAUCUGAAUCAUCCCAAAGGUUUAUUAGAAGUUUGAGCAAAUUCAUAGUUUUACAGUUGCUCUAUUAAGUUCAUAGCCUCUGAGAAUUUAGAGGAUAUGUAAUUAUUAAAAAUGAGGAACAACAGCACCUAAAGUCAAAGAAUAGGCUAAGCAACAUGAAUCUAACUCCACGCUGGAAUAAAGCACUGGCAACAGUAUUCAGAAACGCUGAACGCAUUGUAGCUACUUCCUAAAGUAAGAUGAAUGAAUGAGGUCUAGGAUGCCUCAUGCAUAUAUCCUUACUUGAAGUUAUGUUAUGUUUGGACAAUUGUAAUUUUCAUAUCAAUUUCCAAAACUUAUUUUUUUAAAUGAAAAUUUAGAAAUUAGUAAUCUACAUUGUAAUUUACCUUUGAGUAGAAAGAUGACACUAGAAGCAUCCAUGAAAUCUCUCAUUGAUAAAAUGAAGCUGAAAACAAAGUGGGAUAUAAAAGCCUCGCUAAUAUCUAGGACAGAAGUUUUUGUCUUAGUUAGCAAUGGGUUUAAUUUGUGAAUAAAGAAAUUCAUUGGGCUAGGUAUAAAAUUUUAUUUGCAUAGUAUCAAAAGAGCUUCUAGAUUUCAUAUUACUAUUCAGUUUCAUGUUUGUAAGAAAUGUUUCAGAACAAAAUAAAAAAAAUUGACUCGGUAAGAAUAUUCAUUGUUACAUUUGUGAAAUUUGUGCUGGUCUGUAUAAUUCCAUUCAAAUGUUAGGAUGAGAAACAUUUAUUUAAACCAGGAGCAAAGAAUUAAUGCUAUAACGUAUAUAACAUGUCAGUGUUGUAUUGUAAGUAUAUUUGUUUAUUAAAGAUACUAUUUUCAUGA